AGAACGAGAACGUCAGCAAUGAAGGCAACACGAAGGAAACAAUGAUAAUCAUAUGCAUUCCAAUCUGCAUUUUGGGAUUAGUUGGAAAUGGAAUGGUCAUUUUGUUUCUUCGCUAUAUGAUCAAGAAGAAUAAGUUCAAUGUGUAUGUCAUGAAUAUGGCUAUGGCUGAUUUUGUUGUUGUUCUCUAUCUAUUGAGUUAUUUUGCAUUAUUUGUAGAACCAGCUCCUAUCAAUGAACACACUUCACGUUUUCUAGAGAUAACAUAUAUUCUUGGACGCAACUCUAGUUUCUAUAUAUUAACAGCUCUCUGUGCUGAAAGGUAUCUGUCACUUUUUUCCCCUGUCUGGUGUCAACAUCACAGACCAGAGAACUUCUCAGCUAUUGUGUCUGCCAUUCUGUGGGCCUUCUCGUGCGUAAUAUCUUUUGUAGAAGAAUUUACAUGCUAUCCAAGAUUCUAUGCACUUAUGUAUGAAGACACUUUCCCUUGUGAUAUUGCAAAAACAAUUGAAGCUAUCACCGACUUCCUGAUUUUUGUGCCCAUCAUGGUCUUUUGUACUGUGGCCAUUUUUAUCAAAAAGCAGGAGAAAACACAAACAAUGCUCGACAAGACGAUUGCAGCGACAGUUAUUCUGUUUCUAAUUUUUGAUGCGUCAGCUAGACUUUUGGAAUAUAUAGACUACUGGCAUGAUGAUAUAGUAGAAAUACCAGUGUUUACAUUCUCUGUGUUAUUUGAUUCCAUAACCAGCAGCAUCAACCCUUUUUUAUAUUUUGCUAUUGGAUGGUGGAGCAGGCAAAACGCCUGGGAAGCCUUAGAGAUUUUUGUAGAGAGAGCUUUGAAUUAUGAAACAAACAUAGAACAAACAACACAAGCAGACCAAGAGGAGACUUGA